AUGGACGCUAGUGGGAUAUUCGGGAAUGACUAUAUCACAAACAAGGAGACGAUGCUAGAUUUUGACGAGAAGAGUAUGGAUAGCAAAGUCAUACUGCCUACGCUUAGCAAUGGCGUGAAUAAAGAUAAACCAAAACUCGUGAAUCCAACAGAGGAGCAUGGAAAUGAAGAAGUGCUCAAACCACACCUCAAAGACCUCUUGAAAAUGAUGCUGGUAGCAAACGUCGAUUAG